AGAACAUGGCGAUUUAUCGCGAUGUGAUUGUUUUGGAGGGAAAUAAAGUUAAAAGUCCAACUUGGCUUUACUUCGAUGUCAAAGAUGAAGAAAAAAAGCUUGCCACUUGCAAUAUAUGUCAGGAAGUAUAUUCCUUUCGAACCUCCGUAACUAAUCUAGCGAAACAUUUGAAAUACAAGCACAAAUUAGUGAUUUCAAAAAGCUCCGAUGCUGAUGAAAAUGUUAGGAAGUAUGUGGUCGAGCAAUCAAAAGAAAAUGCACCAGAAGAUAACAAAAUGCGUACUGGUACUCAAGCAUGGGAUUAUUUUAAUAUAAAGAGCGCAGAAGAUAAGUUGGCAAGUUGCACAGAGUGUGAAGAGAUCCUUUCAUACAAAGAAAAUGAGGAUCAACUCUUAGAUCACUUAUUACUCGCCCAUUCGAUCACUCUUCAGAAAGAUGCUGACACUGAGAAAAAGGAUGAAGACUCUACUGUAGAAUAUGAGGUGGUUGAGUAAGUUUCAUUCAUUGGUCUAUUUUCAAUUACACUAGCGAAAGGUAUAAAUAUGUGGCUACUAGAACCAUAAAUCAUUGGUAGCUUAGUUGCUUGCUGUAAAUUUUUGUUUGUUUGGUUCAGUUGUUACUUGCAAUUUAUGUACUGAUUUACCCUGUGCUCAGAGCAAAUGAAAACAUUGUAAGGAAACCAGCACAUCUGAGAAAUUUUAAAAAAGUGUUUCGAAAACAUGUGAAGUCCAACAAUAUGUAUUGGGGUAGCAUGGCAGACACUUUCUUGCUAUAAGAAACGCAAAAAUGAUAGAAGGCCUGUGCCCUACAAUGCAGGAUAUAUUACUGGCAACUUUUAUGUAAAUACUAGUCAUACCAGUUUGGGGUCCAACUGAACUUCUGCCAAUAACAAAGGCAAAUUGGGUAUAUCAUACCUACCUAGCUUACAGCAAAUGUUAUUAUCACAUGAAUGUUAUAUCAGAUAUGAUAGUAUGUCUCUUGCAGUUAUCAAUUUUAAUGAGGACAAAUUAGAUUAAAGUAUUUAAAAAAAUACCUUUUUUAAAUUUUCUAUGUAAAAUUAUACUAUUUUAAAAUGAUGAUUUUUGAUGAUGAUUAUUAUGAUGUUUUAGCUCAGAAACAAACUUUUUACAGAUGGCAAUUAUAAUUGGUUGCAAAUGUAUUGAAUAGAUAGACAUGAAAACUGUGAUUUUUAACUAGUGUUUUAAUUCAACAUUUUUACUAAAAAUAUAUAACCCAACAAUGCUUAAAGCAAAAGGUUUACAAAUAGAAUCACUUGCUACAUUUUAUGAUAUUAUAGAUAUGUAAUUACAUGUCAUAACCAUGACUAUGACAUGUCAGUGUAAGAAUAUGCACUACCCAUAUCAUCCUGUGAUUGUACCUACCAGUGGUGGCAACUGUCCUUCUUAUGAGUUAAUCUACGGGGAGAUAUAUGAUCAGCAGCAGACUUUACAAGCUGUAAUGGAUGUCAAUAAUGCUAAACUAGGUUAUUGCGAAUAAGCCCUCUACUAAACGACCUAAACAAUUAGGCGUAUGACAGCUAAGAUGUCAUUAGAACUAGGGAGGGAAAACGGAACAGUGAUUGGUCACUAGGGGAAGCGCAGGGAUAGAGACAGGAUGUGGGCACCGAAGACGCAUUCCUGUCAUGCGUCUAAUUGUUUUGGUCAAGUUGAAUACAUUUAAUAAGUUACAUAUCAUAUGACUAUGUCCACCCAGUGAUUCUGUAUGGGACAGUCAUAUCUUACAGAUAUUGCUUUAAGGAUGCUGUUACUACUAUUGCGUAAGCGUUGCAAGAGUGAGGCUGUUUUCUUCCGGAUUUAAGUCGAAAUAUUUACAAUAAUGAAGAAAAUAAAAGCGAUUGAAUGUAAUUCCCCUAUGAUGCAAGCUAUGUGGAGACCUAUGUUCAGCAGUGGACUUAUGUGGACUUUUGAUAGGCUGUAAUGAAUAUAACUACAAAUAUCUUCUAAGUUCCACCACCAAAUUGCUACAAAUAUUUCAUAUAUUUUUAAAUUUUAGAGAAACCCAUAUGGCGGUCAGUGUUUGGGAGUACUUUGACAAAAAGGAUGAGUUGUCAGAAACAGCGAUAUGCAAUAUAUGUGAGGAUGUGGUCUCUUACAAAGAAUCCGUUGACAAGAUGCUGGAGCAUUUGUUGUUGAAGCAUGAUAUUAGCAAGACUUAUGACGAAUUUCAGGAGACUGAUAGUGAAAUUGACACUAAGUAUGUAUAUAUAAAUUAUUAAUAACUAUAAGUUAUUACAUUAUGUAGGCUGGUCCACACUAAAUGGAGUAACGACCUGGUAUAAGACAUGCAGGAAGCCGAUGGAUGGCUCAGGACUCGUGAUUUGUGGCAUACACCAUGGAGUCCAACUAACUUGUAAUAAUGAUAAGUGAGAAAAUAUUAAUCUGAAGCCCCCUUACAGGGACACCCCAAAAGGGGGUCGUAAUAGCAGGAGCGCCGCAUGGGAUUACUUUGAAGUGAGUGACCAAUUGAAAAAGCUCGCUAUAUGCAAAAUAUGCAACGAAACAUACUCCUUCAAGACAUCAGUGACUAACCUGAUGAAACACGCUCGCAGACAUCUGGGCAAGGACUUCAGGAAAAGGUCCGUCAAUCAAACCAAUCACACCAGAAGUCUAACAAAGCCCAGGUUAGGUCUACCGUCCAAGGCGUGGCUCUUCUUCAAAUCCUUGAGCAGAACGAGCAAGAUCGCCUUGUGCUUGAUUUGUAAGAAACGGCUUUCGUACGCCACGUCUGUGUCGAACCUGAAGCGCCACUUGUUCAGGAAGCAUCUAGAGACCUGGGAGGAAUUGGUCAAUAUGGAAAGCGGCACGGAAGCAGAAAUGGAAGUAGAGAAAAAGUCGAGGCAGAUAGUGCUGUCAACAGACGACCAAGUUUACGAACUGGAUGCCAAGAGCGAGCAGGAGGAGUGCGUCUCGAUCAGUGAAGAUGAUGACAAUCAGGACGAAAACGUAGAGGAAAUGGAGACUGUUUACCUUGAGGAGUUUGAGGACCAAAUAAGAAAGAAACAAGAACAAAGACUCUCUAGCAAUAACAGAAUGACUACUGUGACGCCUAAGAAAAGUGAUUUAAACGGAGCAGUCACAGAUAAAAGUAUCAGAGAAAACAUCCCCAUUGAAAGUAAAAGUGACAGCUUAGAUCAUUUCGGCUCUUAUAUCGUGUCACUGCUGAAACAGCUCCCCAAAAAUGUGUCGAAUCGUCUCCAGAUGGAUUUCGUCAGACAAAUAAUGGAAGCGCAAAUAGAUCAAGUAAACGCCAGUGAAAAUCACAGCUGCGACACGCUGGUGAUAAAUAAUAACAAUGGCAAGAAUAAUUAAAUAAAUCUAAUCU